GGGGUGGUCGCUCUCAGCCCCCCUCCCAGGGCCUUGACUCUUCUUCGUAGAUGAGGAGAGUGUGCUGCACCAAGGAGUGUAAAGAGCUGCCUCUUCCUUCCUCUGUUCAUGUGACUGCCUGGGGGCCAGAUGGAGGCAGUUCAGAAGUUGUAACCAGGGGGGUGCAGAUCGAUUCCUUCCACCCAGCACCUCACAGAGGAAUAGCCAUCCCAGCAGUUAAGCUCACCUGAGGCAGAGGAAUCACCUGCAGUCAUGAAGCAACAGGUUUCAGCAGCGAUCCUGCUCUCCGUGAUCUUUGUGGCAAUUUUCUGCUAUUAUAGACCUCCAACAGACACGUUCCCAGGAAUAAAACUACAGUCAAAGGUCAGAACAUCAGCCAAGCAGACAACUGAGGAAACCUGCCCGAGCCAGCUAGACGACCAUACAGCAACGCGAAGAGCGGCCACAGACACAUCCCCCAGCACUCAAACAAUCCACACAACAGCAAAGGCCAACCCGACAACCACCCCAACAACCGUAAAAAGCAAACCAGCAACCCACAUCAGUAGAAUAACCACAGCUACCCGCCGCGUCCCACAGACAACCUCAGCAGCCCCCACAAUCGUAGCCUCAACCACGCUUACACCUCGGUCAACGUCCACCACACCCGGAGCCGGACGGCCGACCACCCUAACACCGCGUGCGAUUGUGACGACUCCGCCGACGGUCGGUCCCACGACGAACGGAAUCACGGGGACGGAAUCGGCCGUCAGUCAAACGGUGACGGCCGCCCCGACGGCUAACGGCACGGGCAACCACACGGUCACAGAAACCACCCGUGCCGUAACGACAACUCCGGAUGCCCACAACAUCACACAGACAACCUGGCUAAUCACGACCACGGCCGGACCCACCCUCGCACCCCGACCUUCUUCCGCUGCAGUUGGGACCUAUCGGGUUUCCAAUGGAUCGAGGACGUGCGUUAAGGCGGUGAUGGGUAUUCAGUUGAUUGUUCAAGAUCGACAGAUGGGAUAUUUCAAUAUUGAUCCCAAUGUCACCAAGGCAUCUGGGAGCUGUGAAACUUGGAAAGCUAAUCUUCUCCUGACUUUCAGUGGUGGAUUUGUGAAUUUCAAUUUUACAAAGGAUGGAGGCUCAUAUUAUAUCAGCUCAAUAGAAGCACGUUUGACUGUCUCUUCUCCAAAGGUGGAUCACCAUGGAGUGAAAAGGGAAGUGCAGUGGUUUAAGACGUUGGUUGGGCAUUCUUUCCAGUGCCUCAGCGCCCAGAGGGUUCAACUGGGGAAUGACCUGCAGCUGCAGACAGUCAAUGUCCAACUCCAAGCAUUUGACAUCACGAGAGACCAGUUUGGGAAUGCAGACGAAUGCUUCAGUGACAGGAACAGGAGAGCAAUCCCUGUGGCCGUGAGCCUGAGUAUCGCAGGAUUGUUUGUCGUUUUGCUUGUUACCUGCCUGGUGACCAGAAAGAGCCCUGCUAGAGGAUAUGAACGCGUCUAAAGUUCCCACCUUCUUCAAAAUUGGACGAGUGCUCCCGAGACUACAAUAUUGUAAUCCCGGUGAUUGGCUUGAUCGUGGUUGCUAUCAGCAUUUUGGGUUUGAUCUUUUAUGGCGUUCGCCUGAAACGUAAAUCCUCUGGUUACCAGAGAAUCUAGGUGGUAUGAUAAAUGCAUGGAA